CCAUUCUCUCAAGAAAAAGUGUAUACUAAAAAAAAUUUAAACAUUCUGUUCUGUCGUAUAAUGCAAUGUAUUUCUGCAUUACAAAUUUUGUACUGUGUUCAAUGGAUAUCGGCCGUCUUCUAUUCUGAGAGUUUUUGAUGUUUAGUGACUUAAGUGGUUUUGUGUUUGAUGUUCUUGUGAUGGAGAUGUAAAAGUUAAAAGCAUAUAUAAAUAAUUUGUAUAGGUGUAGUUACGUGUAGUGAUAACGUUGUCAAGUUCAGCUGAAACGGUGAGCGGUAAAUAUUUCGCGAGUUUUUCUAAGUCACGGAUUGCACUGUAUGUGCUCUGAUUAACGACUCAAGCGUACAAUGGUUUCGAUAUGAUGAUAAGCACGUAGUAAUUAAAUAAAAAGUGAACCCGUAAAAAAAUGAGUGAACAAGAGUUAUCGCGGGAUGGACGGACGGACAACGGUAUACCGCCGCCGGCUCCAUUAUCAACGUCGUCCGACAAUGCAUCAGUCAGCACCACAGCAUCGACAAUACCAAGAACAGCUGAACAUGCAAGACCCACAACUCUGCCCAAGCCAUCAGGUCUGAAACCACCUUCGAAGAUUGGACGGCUGUGUUCCAACGCUGCACCCAAGCCUGCUGUUCCUAUCUCCCCUAGAGCUGACGUCAGCUCAACGGACACCCCGAGGAAAUCGAGCGACGACUAUUCACGAAAACAUUUAUCAGAUCUGAUCGAGGCCGAAGAAGACGAGGUGUCGAGCAGUCUACCCGAUAGGCAUCGCAUGUUUAGAAAGGCAUCCACCGCUAGCAGCUCCUUCAGUGGCACUUCAAUGGACGCGCUCUGGGAGAAGCAUCCCCGACGCCUGAGUGAGGCAGGCCUGCGCAGGUCCUCAGACCACAGCGUCGUGUUAACAGAGGACACAGAUAGCUUCAUAAUUGGCGAAAGGGUUUGGGUAGGCGGCACUAAGCCUGGCCAAAUCGCGUACAUUGGUGAAACGCAAUUCGCGCCCGGAGAUUGGGCCGGUAUUGUCCUUGAUGACCCAAUCGGCAAAAACGACGGAUCCGUUGCGGGAGUGAGAUAUUUCCAAUGUCCGGAAAAACGGGGAGUAUUCUCUCGGUUGACACGACUGACCCGAGCGCCGCUGGUGAGCCAUGCCCCUCACGACACAUCACCGCUCUCUGACGCUGGCAGCGUGUUCGAACGACCACCUUCUGGCGCCGCGAGGCCCAGGCGCACUCUCUCUCCUAAUGGAAGUGUCCGCAGCAUCGUCAGCAGCAAGAUGAAUGCUUCGAUUUCAACAACGGCGAAUGGAGAACUUCGCCUGGGUGACCGCGUUAUAGUAUCAAGUAGUCGCGGCAGUAAAGCCGGGAUUUUGCGUUACGUCGGCGUUACUGAUUUUGCGUCAGGCGUUUGGGGUGGAGUGGAACUCGAUGACCCUCUCGGAAAGAACGAUGGUUCCGUUGACGGGAAGAGGUACUUCGAGUGCGCACCGCGCUUCGGCCUUUUCGCGCCGAUUUCGAAGGUAUCGAAGUCGCCAUCGAAUAGGAAACCGGGCACGUGCGCGAUCCACAGCAACGGGCGCGGCACACCGCUGCGGCGCUCCAACUCACGGGAGUCGCUCACCUCACUCGGCACCUCGGUAGCGUCGUCGCGCGUGGGGGUGAGGCUCGGCGUGACAUCGCUCGGCGCUCAGCGAGUCGGUCCGCGAGCCUCGUCCACGCCCGUCAGCGCCAAGAACGCGUUGCAGGAGUUACUGCGGGAGAAACAACAUCAUUUGGAGAGGCUGAUGCGUGAACGUGAACUGGAGCGCGCGGAGAUCGCUAAAGUGUCCCUCCAGGCGGAAAGAGCGGAGACUGCCUUAGAACUUAUUAAAAAAGAAGCAACACAGGCAAGCACAGAAAAUGCAAAACUUAAAAUCGAACUGGACAAGCUCAAUAAAAUGUUGGAGGACGAAAAGCAGAAGGUGGAAGAUCUUAUGUUCCGAAACGAAGAAGAGAAUAUUAAUCGAGAAGAUUACAACAGAUAUAAGGAUGCAAUGGAGCAAGAGAAAGCAGCUAGAGAAAAACAUAUUCGUGAAUUGGAAGCAGAGAUAGCGCUGCAGUCCGCUAGAGCUGACACUACAGCUGCAGCACUGAAAGCUCUUGAGGAUCAACGCACCAUCGAAGUCGCCUCCGUGGCCGAACAACACAAAGAAGAACUCUCAGCUGCUCAUACUUUAUCAUCAGAACUGCAGAAAUUACUUGAUGAAGCAUAUGCCUUACUUAAGGAAAAAGAAAAUGAAAAAGACUCACUAGGCAAGAGUAUGUCCGAAGAGCUAACUCGUGUUAAAGCAGAAUACGAAAAAGCAUUAAAUGAAGCUAAAACUAAAAUCGCAAUCGCUCAAACAGAAUUUGAAACGCAAGUUUCUGUUCUAACAGCUAAGCUGCAGUUAGCAGAAUCGAAACUAGAUGCUGAGAAACAGAACAUAGAAAGGCUAAAUAAAGAGAAUAGCCAAACAGUUAUCGAUCUAAAUACUAGAAUAACACAACUUCAAGCCGUCCUCGAUGAUAAAACAUUAGAAUUAAAUAAAGUUUUAGGAAUGAGUAAAGAACAUGAAGUUAGCCUGAACAAGGAAAUUACAAAGUUAAAAAUGGAAUUAAGCGCAAAAAUUUUAGAUUUAGAACAAUUGGAAGAUUCAAAGAAGAAACAGGAUACUGUGUGCAAGAGUCUGCAAGAAGAGUUAAGUCGAAUUAAAGAAGAUCUAACAAAUAAAGAGAAUGAGUAUAAAACAUUCUUGAAUGAGAUAUCUCAACAAAACGAGAAAAAUAAAGCAGAAAUUAUAAAAUUGCAACAAAACCUACAAUCCAAGACUAAAGAUUAUGAAAGACUGCUUUCUGAGAGUAGUGAAUCAUCCAAUUCUAAUGAAAAAAUGAUCACCGAGUACAAGGAGACGCUGCACGAAAGGGAUAAGGAAAUAAUAAAACUUAAAGAUGAAUUUGAACAAGCUACAGCUAAUUUUAAUAUUAAACACAGCAAAAUUGCUGAAGAGCAUAAAAAGGAAAUUGACGAUCGCAAUUCCAAAAUAGAACAGCUAAUGAAAGAAAUUGAAAGUCACAAGCUUGCUUUAGAUCAAAGUAAAAUAGAACUGGAUACACUUAACUCACAAUUUACACUUAAUGUCGAUGAAUUAAAAGCGUUGAAACUAGAAAAUGAACGUUUAAAACAGUCUAUAGAUGAAUUAACCCAUGUUAAUACAAAUCUAAAAGAGAAGAUGGCAGCUAUGGAAUUAGAAAUCGGAGAACUAAAACGGCAACUGAACAGUAGUUUAGAAAAAUGUGAAGAACUGCAGGUGACAAAAGAGAAGAUAGAAAACGAAUAUAUGAACCUUACUGGUCAGACGACAGAUUCAAAUGAACAGUUUAACAAACUAUCGCAACAUUUGAAAGAUACAGAAAAAGAGCUCCAAGAGUUAAGAGACAAACAUAGAGAAGUCACUAACAACUAUGGACGGGUAGAGCAAGAAUUAAAGCAGAAACUUUUCAAGCUGCAAGAAGAUUUUUCAGUGGAGCGUGGCCAAUUAUUAGAUACGAUAAAUGAAAAUAUUGAAAAACAAAAAGUAGAAGAAAAUAAAAUUAAAGAAUUCGAAAUGCAUGCCCACGAACUUAGCAAUCGCACAAAAGAAUUAGAAAAUCAGAACGAUUCACUUUUAGACGAAAAUUCAAUUCUUAAAAGAGAAAUAGAAGGUUUAAGAGCCAAAGAACAAGAAUUGAGUAUUGAAUAUGACUCCAUACGUAAGAAGUUAGAAAUGGAAAUAGAUAGAUACAAGGAAGAAGUCUCGAUGCUUAAAGCUGAAGGAGCAACAUCUGAAGUAAAAUUGAUGGAGAAAGUUGAUCAACUCACUGAAGCACAAAAUGACUUAAAUAAUAAACUUGAAGAAGCAAGAAAACAUGAAGAUUCUUUACAAAAAGUAUUGGAUGACAUGACUGCACAAAUGAAUAACAGAACUGCUCAGCACGAGAAACAAAUUGUUCAUAUUCAAGACCAGUUGUCCACUGUGAAUGAAGAAUUAAAUAAAUAUAAAGCGGAAGAACAAAGACUGAAAGACCUUCUAGAAGAAAAACAAAAUUAUGUAAAAGAAUUAACGCUUAAAUUAGAAAUGUUUGAAGUCGACGUAAAAUCGCAUUUAGAAUUAGUUUCUGAAAAGGACCGCCAACUAGCUUCAGUGAAUGAAGAGUUAAGUAAAGUAACGGAUAGUAAACAGAAAUUAGAAGAACAGUACAAUAACUUAACGGCAGAAGCUUUAGCAAUCAAACAAAAGUAUGAUAAUUUAGUGAGCAAUGCAACUGCAGAAGAAUCAAUGUUAAAAGACCAAUUAGACCAAAUGGAAACGUUAAAGAAAGACUUGUUAACUAUUUCUAACGAAAAAACACUCUUAGAAUCAAAAUAUAACGAGGCUACAAACGAGCUCCAAGAGGUAAAAGUUAAAUUGGAAGAAGCUGAAAAAGUUAUUAAAGAAAAUACAAACAUAACAGAUAAUUUAUCAAAAGAAAUGGGGCAAAAAGAUGAUUUGUUAAAAUCUCAUAUCGAUCAAAUCACUGAAGAUGCUGAAAAAAUCAAAAAGUUAGAAGAAGAAAUAGCUGAGAUUAGAUUGAAAAUAACAAACAAGGAUAAAGCUUUAGAAGAACAUCAAAUUGAAUUGACUAAAUUGAAAGAUACUUUAAAAUCAGAAUCCAAUGAAACACAGAACAAUUUUAAUACACUUCAGACAGAAAACGAACAAAUAAAAGAAAAACACAAAAUGGAAGUAGAAUCUCUUACCAAUGAAACAAAAACUUUAAGAGGUCAAAUUGUGGAAAAAGAAAAGCAAUUAGAAAAUCUACAGAAAACACAGGAUAAAAUAACAGAACUACAGGAGCUAUUGGCAAAAUCUGAAAGUGAUAUAAAACAGUUAACAAAUAUAAAUGAAGGCCAAAAAUUGAAUUACGAAGACUUGAACAAGCAACUGCAAACACAAUUUGACGAAUAUAAAAAAGAAAGCAGGAGCAAACGUCAUGACCUAAAAAAUCAAUUGAACGACUUCGAAAAACAAUUGCAUGAAUCGAGAGAGAAACUAAAAGAAGAACUUGAGAAACAAAAUCAAUUGCAAAUUAAACUUACGGACGCUGAAAAAAGAAUUUUAGAGUUGUCAGAAAAAUUGGAAUUAUUAACUGUACAACAAACGAGCGACGUAAAUAAAGAUGAUAGACUUGAAAAACUUACAAUUGAGUUACAAGCUAUAAGAAAAUCAAGCGCCGAAUCAAUGGCUAAAAGUGAACUGACAAUAAAUAAUCUGCAAAUAGAAGUUGACAAUAAAAUAAAAGAUUUAAAACAAAAAGACGAAAUGAUAAAUAAAUUACAAGAAGAAUUAAAGAAUCAUAAAGUGAAAGCAGAAGUGGCAGAAAGAGAAAAGGCUAUGAUACAAAAAGAAAUGAGUACAAUGGGGAAAAAUGUUCGUGACAAAAAUGAUAAUGACGCUAUGGGUACUCUAGGACAAGGGGACAAUGCCACAACAAAGGUACAAGAGGAAAAAGAAAUUAUAGACGGACAAGUUAGCUUCUUGAAUUCAGUGAUAGUGGAUAUGCAGCGUAAGAACGAGCAGCUAAUGGCGCGAGUGCAAGCUUUAGAGGGGGCAACUACGCCUAGCGAACCUCCUCUAUUUAAUGGUCGCAAAACGCGCACGCCGCGUCUGUUUUGCGACAUCUGUGACGUGUUCGAUGCGCACGACACGGAGGACUGCGCGCGUCAGGCCGCCACACCGCCGCCACCCGCGCGCACUCCGCCCCCGCCCCGACCCUACUGCGAUAUAUGCGAAGUGUUCGGCCAUGCUACAGAGAACUGUGAUGAAGAGGAAACUUUUUAAUACCUAUUUAUUGAAAUUUAGUUAUAUUGUUACCGUUGUUUGUUGUUACUCUUUGGCAUGAGUAUUAUUUAUUAUUGUUUACCGUUUACAGGUACGACUUGUUUUGUAGUUGAUAUCUUAGGGAAUGUUUGUAUAUAAGAUCAUUGAUCUUUUAACUAAGUUUUAAUUUAGCAUGUUAUUUUAAAAUCAGGUGAUUGUCUUUUUAUUUUUGUUGUCUCUUACACAUUAUCUGGAUAUAAUGCGUAUUGAGAAUUAUAUUUUAAUGAGCACAUACACAAGUCCAAUCUCGAUCAUUUCUUUCAUCAGGUUUCAUCCUGUAUUAUAUCUACAAAAUAAUAUGAUUCAAAUUAACAACAAUAUAUAGAUAUGAAAAUUUUUUUAAAGCAAUAAAAUUAUUAUGAAAAC